UAAGAAAAUGUCCCCCCAACAAAGCCGACCAGACACUCCAUCCUCCGAAUACACAGACUCCAGCCUCGGCGCCGGCGACGAUCCCAACCUCAUUAUCCGACGGCGGCAGCGACGCGCCUCUUCUACUUCAACUCUUGAUAACAACGCCUUUACAACCGCUCGUGAGGAGUUCGAUACAUGUGUUGAUCGUAUUGACGGCACAGUUGCGCAAGGUCGAGAUGGCGAUGAUGAUGCUGCGGUCCCACCAGCCUUGCGUCAAACCUCACCUUUCCUUAUCCCCGCCAACCUAUCACCCCGUACUACAGGGUAUUACACGCGUAAAGAGUGGGCGAUUCUCGACUCGCCUUCAUCGUCGAAGUUAGAAUUGCAAGAUAAACGCCGACGACGACGGGGGUCGUUAUUCUACAACAACGACGCCCAGGACGAUGGUACUACUGAGAAUAAUUCUCAGUGGGUAGCUCUCAACUACGAUCUGAGGAAAUGUUUAGGGCCGCUGUUUUAUAACGCUGAGGUGGACCGGAGGGGUGUCUUUCCUAUUCUCUACGUCAGCGAUGUUCAUCUAGCUGCGCUGUCGCGGGCGAAGAAGCGGAAAUUGAUGAGGAUGCUCGCGUUUUCGUGGAGACGAGUCGACUAUACAAUCACGCUCGCUGCUUCACCCUCAUCUUCAUCAUCAUCAGCGUUUCGAAUUUUAUGGCGCAAAGCAGGCGAGAGGGGGAUCAAGCAUGAGGUACAAGGAUCCUACGCCGCCGUUCUAGCCCUCACGACAGCGCUACGAGGCAACCACACCCUCUUCGCCGAACUGCUCGGACAAGCCCCAUCCCAUGUCAUCAAAGAGCUGACGCCUUUUCUGGCCCCGCCGCUCAUCACGCUCAGUAAUGUCCAGGACCUGGUCUACUCGGGCACCCAACACAUCGCGCACACGCACGACGGGACGAGCCAUGAGCGAGGGGAAGUCGCAAGAAGUAUUGCGGCGGCCAUCGGCACCAUUAUCGAGAAGUCUUACCGCACCUCCACGGUAAACAGCAACGAUGAUCUAGCGACUAGUUUGCGGAGCGUCAUCAAGCAUGUCUUGAAUCACUCCGCCGACGCCCGCGAUAUGGCGUGCCAGGUGGGGUUGAUAGCCGCUGGCGUAGAGCGCUACAUCCUGGACUCUGCGUCUCGUAUAGAUGAGAAGCGGGAAGUUUGUAAUUGUAUCGCGGACGUGCUGUUCGCUGCUGUAGGGGCAUCUGCGAACGGUGGGUUUGCGGGUGGGAUGGCAGGGCCGGUGGUGAAGGAGUAUAUGCGGCGAGUGAUGAGAGAGAAGAAAACUCAACUGGAGGGCCUGCGGGGUGCAAUUAAGAAAGUGUUUGAGGAGAAGGUGUAUGAUCCGUGUCUUUCAAAUGGGAGGAUCAUGGUUGAGAAUGAGGAUAUGGUCUUGGUCUGGAGGGAAGUCGAUAGGACGAGCUUUAGGAAUUGGUACAACGAGGUGGGAAGAUGGUGUGAUUCAUCAAAGGUCGCAUAA